AGGGGCCCCGGGGCUCCAGGGCUCCGACACCCCCCACCCCGUGGUGGGCCUGUACUCGGCACCCUCGACAAGUGAAGUGACCUGCUGGAUUCGUCUCAGCUGGGCUGGCGGGACCAGGGCCCGUCCCUGGGCUCCCGAUUCCCAGUCUAGGGCUCUUGUCCACACUCCAGGUCUCCCGGGGCGCCCCCGCACGCUGGGCAGGUGGGACUUCCAGGUGUGUGGGAGGGCUGCCUCCCACCCCAGGCUCCUGGCACAGGGUGCAGGCUCAGCAGCCUCUCGAAACCUGGCACCAGGCCCUCUUGCACCCCCGCCACCGCCCACCCCCCUAGAGGACUUCUGGCAGCCAGGCGCCCCAGUGAGGGUAGAGGGCAGGGGGCAGGGCAGGGGUGUUCUGUCUUUCCUCAUCUCCUGCGUGGCCGGGCGGGGCGCUUGCGGCCGUGUAGGAGAGGGGUAGGUCAGCUCCCUGCUGAGCGCACGGUGCUCCGUGCCCGGUGCCUCCGCCGUGGCUCCACUUGGCCACCUGGGUUCCCUUUGUUGACUCGGGGCCUACUCUCAGCCGCCUCAGAUCAGAGGAUCUGUGGCCCCCAAGAAAUUGAGAUAGGGAAGUCCCCCUGGGGACUCUCAUUUCGCAGGGAAACUUGGGGUGAGUUUAAUGGCAAGAGGGAAAACUGAAGUGCCAGCAUUUAAUUCCCCUAACAAGUCUCCGAGGUGUGUUUUUUUACCUCGUUUCACGCAUGAGGAAAUGAAGCCCAGCCACGUUUAAAUACCUUGCCCUGCAUCAAACGGCUAGAAGUGGCAGGCAGAAUGUGAAUCCAAGUUCAUCUAGCACAAAACUGGUGCUCGGUUAACUGGGAAAAGCUUAGGAAACUGUCAUCCUCAAGGUUCCCAGAUAGUUUCAGCCGGAAUCUAUUUUUCAAGUGACUUCUAUGUGACAGAAGCUUGCUAGGAGUGUUCAGGGGGAAACAGGAGUCACAUGGGGUGAGGUGGAGCUAUCAUGUUGGAUUCUGCCUGUUACUAAAAUUUUCUGGAAGUUGAAAUAAUGUUCACACCAAAGUCAGGAAAGAUCGCAUCCUGUGUGGUUUUCUUCCGUGAAUAGGAAGAGUGUGCAAAGUAUAUGAUAAACCCUUAUCGAGCAAGAACUUCCCUUCGGAAGGGCCCAUGUGGGGUGUCCUGCAAGAUACUAAAAUGAGUGAGGUCAUAGUCCCCUCCACUCCCGCUCACGUCGCCAAGCAUAGGAUGAAAAGGAAGGAUUCCCAGCAUCUUUUGAAGAAACAGCCUUUUACAUAGUGUCUUCAUGGCAUUUAUUUCUUCAACAGAUACAUAUUGAGCAUAUGCCAAACAUUGUUCUAGGUACUGGAGAUAUGGUGGUGAAUAAAAAAUUAUAGUGCAUCUUCUCCGAGAGUUUAUAUUCUUGUUCAGAGAGGCAGGAAAUAAAUGAGAACAGAUCAGGUAGUAAGUGUAGUUGAGAGAGAGACGUGGGUAGUCAGGGAAGGCUUCUCUCAGAUGACAUUCAGGCUUAGACUUGAAUGGCAAGGAGUCAGCUCUGCAAAGACUCAGAGGAAGAGCCUUCUAGACAGAAGGAACAGGAAGUGCAAAGGCCCUGAGGUGGCAGUGGACACGGUCAUUUUGAAGAAUAUCAAAGAAGCUACCAUGGUUGAGGAGAGCUAUCUGACGUGAGGUGGGAAGGUGGGGAGGGGCUGAUUCUGUGGGUUUCUGUAGGCUACCUGUGAAGGACACAGAAUUUUAUUCAACCUGCAAUGGGAAGCCGUUGGAGGGUUUUAAGCAGAGAUGAGACACAAUCAAAUUUAUCACGGCUGGAUAGGGAGUGGAAGAAACAGGGAAGCCACCAAGGAGGCCACUGAUUUGGUAGGGGGGUUGGGAAAGAGAAAUCAAGGGCUCCUAGGUUUGUGGCCUGAUCUGCUGAGUGGACAUCGAUGCUGUUUAAUGCAAUAGGGACAAUAGGGUUAGGAGUUGAUUUAGACAAUGGUGGAAAUCAGGGGCUGUGUUUUGACCAUGCUAAGCUGAAAUGCCGGGUAGGCAACCAUGUGGGGCUCUGAGGGGGCAGUCGAAUAUUCCAGUCUGGAGGUCACUGCAUCGCUUAGGGCUUGUGAGAUACACACACAUUUGGAGUCAUCAACAAUGCUCUAUUUCAGUGGUGGGCUGGCAAACAGUCUCCCCAGGAAAAGAAGGAAAGCAACUCAGAGAUGUAGUCUUUGCUGAUAUCUGUGGUAUAAAUUCGUCACAGCUGAUCAGGUCCCAGUGGUUCAAUGCCUGGCAGAAACCCUGAACAUUAAACUGUCAGCUCCUGGAGCAAAUAACACUGGGCCUCAUUUGCUCAUCAAAACAACUCUUGAAGUUGGCAGAAAUAUUCCAUUUGACAGGCGAGGCUUAGAGAGAUUCAAUGAUUUAUUCAAGGUCACACCAGGAGUCGGUGGCAAAGCUGGGGGCCUCAUGACCCCCCAGUUCCCUCUGGCUUGCUGACUCAAAGUAAAACAGACUGCAGCCGGAAGCACAGAGAGGGAAGUAUAGGGAAGAACUUCCACUGUGGAAUCUUUGAGAGGUCAUGGUUUACAGGUUUUUUUCCCCUCUUUGUCUCACUUCCUUUUAAGAUGAUUUAGGGCAAGUUAGGACUGAGAGGUUACUGGAAAAGCCCUCCAGACAUAGGGACCUCAGGAUGCUUAGGGAGGUCAGGAGGGUGUGGGGAACUCUGUGUGUGUGUGUGUGUGUGUGUGCAGGUGGGAGGCUUAGCUCCUAUGUCUCCCCCCAGGACAGCAGAGCUGGUCACCUCUCAUUCUGUACCAAGGUGUGCUAUGGCAUUGGUGGGAUCCCCAACCAGGUGGCCUCCAGUGCCACAGCCUUUUACCUGCAACUCUUCCUGCUCGAUGUGGCACAGAUCCCUGCUGCCCAGGCGUCACUUGUCCUGUUUGGAGGAAAGGUGUCUGGGGCGGCUGCCGACCCUGUGGCUGGCUUCUUCAUCAACAGAAGUCGGAGGACCGGGUCUGGACGACUCAUGCCCUGGGUGCUGGGCUGUAUCCCCUUUAUCACCGCGGCCUACUUCCUCCUCUGGUUCCUGCCCCCCUUCACCAGCCUGCGGGGCCUCUGGUACACCACCUUCUACUCCUUGUUCCAGGCCCUGGCCACGUUCUUGCAGGUGCCCUACACAGCCCUCACCAUGCUUCUGACGCCCAGCCCGAAGGAGCGGGACUCCGCCACGGCGUACCGGAUGACCAUGGAGAUGGCCGGAACGCUGAUGGGAGCCGCCAUCCACGGGCUCAUCGUGUCAGGCGCCCACGGGCCGCAGAGGUGCCAGGACACCUCGCUCCCCGGACCAGUCGCCGUUUCCCCCGACGCAACUCGGCUCUACGCCACUGCAGCCGCUGCGGUUGCCGUGACUUACCCUGUGUGCAGUUGUUUGCUCUGCCUGGGGGUGAAGGAGAGACCAGACUCCUCUGUCCCAGCCUCAGGCCCAGGCCCGAGCUUCCUGGCUGGGCUGGCGCUCACCGUCCGGCACCUGCCCUACCUGAAGCUGGUGAUCUCCUUCCUGUUCAUCUCAGCAGCCAUUCAGGUGGAGCAGAGCUACCUGGUCCUGUUCUGUACACAUGCCUCCCGGCUACACGACCAUGUCCAGGGCGUGGUGCUAACCAUCCUGGUCUCAGCUGUUCUGAGCACCCCAUUGUGGGAGUGGGUUCUACAACGAUUUGGGAAGAAGACAUCAGCCUUUGGGAUCUGUGUGGUGGUGCCUUUUGCAAUCCUGUUGGCUGCUGUGCCCACAGCACCUGUGGCUUAUGUGGUGGCCUUUGUAUCUGGCAUGAGCAUUUCUGUGUCCUUGCUGCUACCUUGGUCCAUGCUUCCAGACGUGGUGGAUGACUUCCAGCAGCAGCACCAGCAUGGCCCAGGCCUGGAGACCAUCUUCUACUCAUCCUAUGUCUUCUUCACCAAGCUUUCUGGCGCAGGCGCCCUGGGCAUCUCCACUCUCAGUCUGGAGUUUGCGGGAUAUGAGGCCGGAGCCUGUGAGCAGACGGAGCAGGUGGUGGUGGCCCUCAAGGUCCUCAUCGGCGCCGUGCCCACCUGCAUGAUCCUCGCUGGUGUGUGCGUCCUCAUGGUCAGCCCCACUCCGAAGGUGCCCCGCCAGGACUUCUCCCGCCAGCUGAGCCUUCAGAGGCGGACCAGCUGCACCCUCGCCUGAGUCUGGCCUGGUGUGGGCCGCGACAGCCGGAGCCAGCCUCUUCUGGGCUCAAUGUCCCUCUUUCUUCUCAACCCCGAACACGCCUACUUCGAAAGUUACGUGCCACCAGUCUGUUCCCCGGGGAUACUGAGUCUUCAGUGACAUCUCCUGAGGGGACUGGCCUGGUCUCCAGGACCCUCACCCGUCAUUUCUUGCCUGUUGACUACAGACCAUGGCAGAUGGGCCUGUGCCCCUGAGCACCCAGCUGCAGGUAACCUUGACCUGGAAAGCAUCCCAAGAGCAGCUAUUCCUGGAAAAAGGAAGCCCCACCAGCUGCUCACGUGACAGGACAGACACACAGACCUCUUGUUCCUCCUGACACUCCAGGGGUCAUCAGAGAGAGAGGCUGAUAGACGCCGCAGAAAUGGGCAGAGUGGGCACAGAUGGACGGCUGGGGGUGUCGUAAAGAAGGGCACAGACAGACACACUGAGGCCAGCAGACCCAGAGCGGGCACACGGGGGCGGCUGUGGGGUGAGGGGACGAGCAGGGCGCAGGGCCUCCUCAGGCCUCUCCUUUUGUUCACGUGACACCGUUUCUGGCCUCGGACACAGGCUGAGGUGGGGCCAUCAAAGAUCAAUCAUUUUUAUGAACAAAAGUUCUUUUUGUGGAAAUAUGUUUUUGAAAUUGUAUCUUAUAAAAAAAGCACAGGGACUGCUGUUUUCUAAAGGCCGCAUCUUUGGGGAAAAAAGAUCCACUGAAGUUUAUUUUUUCAAAGAACAAAAAAUUAAAGGGCUUAUCUUCUAUUGA